AUGAGGUUGGAUGCAACGGACCUGCGCUACAUCUCCAGUCAGGAGUUCCGCGUCCUGACUGCGGUCGAGAUGGGCUCCAAAAAUCAUGAAGUCGUCCCCUCGACGCUUGCCGCUCAGAUCUGCGGUCUUCAUCACUCUGGUAUCAACAAACUUCUUGGAUCUCUGGCGAAGCGCAACCUCAUCGCCAGAGUGCAAAACACAAAAUACGACGGCUAUCGACUCACAUACGGAGGGUACGACUACCUUGCGCUGCGUGCGUUCUCCAAGCGAGACAGCGUCGCUGCCGUCGGAAGGCGUAUCGGUGUAGGAAAGGAAAGCGACAUCAUGAUUGUCUCCUCGCCAGACCAGGAGCAGCGCGUUCUCAAGAUCCACCGUCUCGGUCGAAUCAGUUUCCGAGCCAUCAAGGAGAAGCGUGACUACAUGGGCAAACGCAAGAGCGCCAGCUGGAUGUACAUGAGUCGCCUCGCCGCAGCCAAGGAGUACGCCUUCAUGAAGAUUCUCCACGAGCACGGCUUCCCGGUGCCACAGCCUAUCGAUCAAGCUCGCCACUGCAUCGUCAUGUCCUACAUCGACGCUUUCCCACUCCGACAAAUCGCCGUACUUCCACCAGAUCAGAUUCCGCAUCUAUACUCGGCUCUCAUGAAGCUCAUCGUCCGUCUCGCUCGAGCUGGUCUCAUCCACGGUGACUUCAACGAGUUCAACUUGCUCAUCCGAGAGGUCACAACCUCCAGCGAUGAUGAUUACGAGUCCGACUCGGGCAGGGCGGCGCAAGCCAAGAAGUCAGAGCCAGCGAGCACGAGUCGGCAGGAACAGAGCGAUGCGCCUCGCCAAGCGGAGAAUGAUGGUCUCGAAGCAGAUCUCGCGGAAGGACAGGAAAUUGAGCGCGGCAACGGAUUCCAGAGGGUGGUGGCAUCAGCAUCAUUACAGGUCGCGGAGGACGAUGAAUAUGACGAUGGGUCCGCAGAUGAAGAGGAUGAGGAGGAAGAAGAAGAAGAAGACGAUGAGGGCGCGUCAGAGGGCCAGGUCCAUCUCGGAGACGAUGUCACCGUUGAACCGAUCCUUAUUGACUUCCCGCAGAUGGUCAGCAUCAACCACGAAAACGCCGAAUACUACUUCGACCGCGACGUCGAGUGCGUACGCAGGUUUUUCCGGAAGCGCUUCCGGUACCAGUCCGACGAAUUUCCUCGCUUCCAAGAUGUCGUGCCAGAAUAUGCACGUAAGCAAACGAAGCUACCAAAACCGGCGCCAGACUCCGAAGCCGCAGAGGGCGAGGAGGGUGCAGCAACAACAGGGACCGGCGACGUGCGUCUCGAUCUUCUCGCCAAGGCUAGUGGAUUUGGUGGAUCGAAACAAGAUCGCGAGCUUGAACAGUACAUGUCCUCCCUGCGUCUCAGCACUACGGAGGGGAUGAUCGAGGUCGCGGAUCCUGAGAACGAGGAUUCAUUGGACGAAGAGGACGAGGAACAAGACGAGGACGACGAGGAUGAGGAGGGCUCAGACGAGGAUGAGUCCGGGACGGAUGCCACGAGCGAAGAGGAAGAGGACGACGGACUCACCAGGAAAGAGCGCAAAGCAGCCAAGGCGGCAGCGGAAAACGGCGUCAAGCCAUCCCGCGGUGCUGCCCGCAAAGCUUUGCUUGACGGUGACGACUCCAAAAUUGCCCAAUUGGUGGCCACCGAUCGCGCUAAAGCUGCCCGUCGCGCCGAGAAGCAUCACGGACGCAAGGCACACGCUGGCAAGGGCGGCAGAGCUCACGCCGGCGGCAAAGCCAAGACCGGAAAGGCACGCAUGAUCAGCGACUCGAUGGACUUCUGA